AUGUCCACGUUUUUCACCACCAACCGGCACGGGUACAGUGUGCGGUUCUCGCCGUUCAAUCCGGAUCAGUUCGUGGUAGCGUCGAGCCAGUUCUAUGGCCUGGCCGGCGGCGGCACACUCUACUUCCUCGAGCUGACACCGGACGGGUGCGGUAUCGUCGAGAAGCGGACCCAUCACUGGACGGACGGACUGUUCGAUGUGACAUGGUCCGAAUCAAACCCUGAGAUCAUCGUGUCCGGCUCCGGAGACGGUAGUGUUCAGCUGUGGAACACCAACCUGUCGAGCAACAAUGGGCCACCGUCGAUGGUGUACCGGGAGCAUAAGAAGGAGAUCUACAGCGUGGACUGGAGCAAGGUUCCGUACGAGCAGCUCUUCAUCAGCGCCAGCUGGGACAGCACGGUCAAGAUCUGGGACCCGAUCCGGAACAACUCGCUCAGCACGUACAUCGGCCACACGCAGUUGGUGUACAAUGCGGUGUUUGCGGCGCACAUCCCCAACACCUUCGCCAGCGUCAGCGGCGAUGGAUAUCUGAAGAUUUGGGACAUUCUCUGCUACGAUCUGCCGAUCGCUAGUAUCAAGGCUCACGAUGGAGAGGUUCUGACGGUCGAUUGGUGUAAGCACGAUUCCAACAUUCUUGCAACCGGUGCCUCGGAUGGGCUGAUUCGCAUUUGGGACCUGAGAAACUUUGGUGUUCCGAUCACGGAGCUGAAGGGCAACGAGUUUGCCGUAAGAAAAGUACAAUUCUCCCCGCACAACCUGUCCGUUUUGGCCAGCGUGGGGUAUGAUUUUACCACCAGGAUAUGGGAUUUCAAGAAAAGCAACGAAGCCAUCGAAACGAUCAAACAUCAUUCGGAGUUUACAUACGGUCUGGAUUGGAAUAGGCGCCGUCGGAACCAGCUCGCCGACUGCGGCUGGGACUCCCUGGUGCACGUUUUCAAACCGGAUUGCCUUUCGGAUAAGAUAUAGAUGGCUUACUAAAUGCAUGGUACUAUGUCGUGUUGCUGUAAGAGUUCCUUAGGCUUUCGAACGAGGCGACGUUUUAUGUAUCCCCAGAACGCAGCCCCAUCACCAACAAGGGCAGCCGUUUCCGCCACAGAGAAAUGAACCCGAGCGGUCAAAAUUACUUUUCGGCAGAAGGGAAGUUAAAAUUGUGAUUUAGGUAAUAAGUAGUCUAAACAGUGCUCCCCGCGCUAGUGGUUUCCGGUAAGGAAAACGGGCACAUUUGAAAAUAAGCUAUUUGUACAGUCAGGGGUGGAUGGUAAAAAAAGGCUCAGCACUGCUCAGUUUGGUGCAUUAUUCGAUUGGGUGGUGUGGAAUUUAUAUUUCGAUGUAUAGUUCAAAUCAAAAACUGUUUGUGGAUACGAAAUCUAUACUCACUCGCGUGGCAUUGAAAUUACUAGAUUUACUGGCGUGGGCCUCCGGGAGUGGUGGAAGAUUAAUGGUAGUUUAUAUUAAACUUUAACUGUUUAUACUAUUAUUUAUUUACCUUCGUUGCGGAGUACAAUAAUGAGUUGUUUCAAUGUGUUUCUUUUUGUUUGUUAUCAAACACGCAUGGGUUUACUGGAUUCAGGUAGCAGAGUUUGGUAUUUUCUACGAUUGUUUAGAUUUUGACCAAUUUUGAAAUUAAAUUUUACGGAAUGAUAGAUGAAAUU